GUUGUAGCAGGUCUGACGGCUGUUAAGGAAGAUCACUUAGCAGGAGUAAUUGUGCCUAAUUUGACACAUUAAGACUCGUAAUUAUGUCUGACAAACAGAGCAGCCAAAGGAAACCAUCCACCAACAAGAACAUCAAGAAGCUGCGCACCAUCAGCAUGGUGUGCAGCCUGACGGGCAGCUGGCAGAAGUGGGUGACGGAGAAUGAGAAGAAGCAGGCCAGUGAACCCAGUGGCUGGGCUCCAUUUUCACUGGGAGGACCAGCAGAGGUACCCAGAAAGACAUGGGUCCCCAAGAAGCAUCCUCGCACUCAAAUCCAGCCAACAGAAGCUCCCCAAAACCAUGCAGUCACCUCCAAAGAGGUUCAAAAGACAUUAACUCCCCAAAAAGAUGCAUCCAAGACUGAGGAGGUUAAGACUUCAGCUGAGCCGUCAGCUGGCAUCAAGGUAAAACAAGUGGUGAAGACGGUGACCAGUGGGGUUCAGGAGAAAGGUGCUGGUGUCGCGCUCUUAACCGAGAGGAUCAAAAAGGAGUCUGGGCCAUCAGAUGAGGAGAUUGACAGGCUUCUGAAGAAGAAAAGUUCACCUACACGCCGCAGAAAAUGCUCCAACAUGGUGUCAUCUCUGACCAAAAGCUGGAAGCAGGUGGAGAAAGAGCAGAACGUUGGUAAAGAAGGAGCAGGACCAGGAGACGGACGCUCAUGUGGUGGUGAUAAAAGUGGACAUCCUGACGUAGUGAAGAAAACACUGGACAAAGAGGAUAUUCAAACAAACAGGACAGAACAAAAAGACUCUGAUGAAGACUCUGAGUCAGCGAUAAUGAUUAAAAGGCCCUCUGUCUCAAUGUACAAAAAAGAAGCUGAGGAUGCCAACAAGAUCAACACCCUCUCCAAGAAAUACAGCGCUGUGGGAAACCUCAAGAGCCGCUGGCAGAGCUGGGCCUCGGAGCACACCGUCAACCAGAAACUGAACCCCUUCAGUGAAUAUUUCGACUACGAUUACUCCAUGUCCCUCCGCAUCCAAAAGGGCGAAGAGGGUUACGGACGCCCCAAGGAGGGCACCAAAACUGCAGAGAGAGCCAAACGUGCCGAGCAACACAUCCAUCGAGAGAUAUCUGACAUGUGUUACGUGAUCAGGACUAUGGCUGAUCCGGACCCGGAUGGGAAGACGCGCAUCACGUUUGGACAGCUGUUUGACAGAUACGUUCGGAUCUCUGAUAAGGUGGUGGGGAUUCUGAUGCGAGCCAGGAAACACGGGAAGGUGGCGUUUGAGGGGGAGAUGCUGUGGCAGGGCCAGGAUGAUGGAGUGAUCAUUACUCUGCUGGUGUGAUGUUAACACCUGGGUCAGAGUUGUGCUGCAAAUCCUCUUACAGCUACUUGUGAAAUAACCUCCGCCAUUAU